GAAAAGAAAAGCCGAUCUCAAAGUUCAACAGUGCAGAGAUGUUUAUGCACUGACACAGGUGAUCUAAGGUGUAUUUUGGAUCUGAGAAAAGGCUGAUCUGUUAGGCAUACACAGCCAGAGAGUUGUAUUGUUCUUUGCCCAACCCUAGGAAUGUUCAUUUUGAAUCUACAAACAUGAAGAAUGUCCUUCACUGGUUAGCACCAGAAGGUACAGGAGAUGGAGUACUCUACAAUGUGAAAUAUUCAGUAUAUGGUGUUGGCAAGUGGAUUAGGAAGCCAGAAUGCAGGAAUAUCAGUACGACAUGGUGUGACCUCUCCAGUGAGACUGCUGACCAUGAAGAGCAAUACUAUGCGAGUGUGAAAGCCUUCCUAAAAGGGAAGUGCUCUAACUGGAUAGAGACAACACGAUUUAACCCUCUUACAGACAUUUUUAUUUUUCCAGCUAAAAUUGGCCCACCUAUGGUAAAUGUGUCUUCUACCGAGAAAUCUAUUUCAAUCACACUGACUGUUCCUGAGAAGUGGAGAAGUCCUGAUGGAGAAUCUAUAUCUCUGCUUCAAGUAUAUCCUGGCCUGCAAUACAACGUGUCUGUCCUCAAGAAAAAGACAAAGAAACGAUGGUUCUUCUCCAUCAGCAACAGCACCUUGGUUGUGCCCUGGUUAGAACCUGGAACAGCUUACUGUGUCAGUGCGCAGAUCCAUGUCACUACACCUCUUCUACACAGUGGGUUUUCCAAAGAACACUGCAUUUCUACUUUGAAAGAUAAAACAACAGAUGAGACUAUAACAGUUGUAUUUGGAUACAUUCUGCCUAUCGUGCUAGCUGUCCUUUUCACUUCAGUGGCAUGCUGCUGUGUGCACAGGUACAUUCAUGUCAGCAAACAGAAGCAUCCAACAAGCCUGGUAUGGCACUAUACUGAUAAAUGCAAGGAAAAGGUUUUUAUACCUUGUGAAAAAAUAGUGGUCAACCUUAUCACAGUUAAUGUGGAUGAGCACAGACCGUCUCAGGAAUCCAUUCAUCCAUCAGAAAUGAAAAGCCCCCGUUAUUAUACUGUUUACAGUGGCACUGAAGGGAGAGAUUUGUCUCCAAAAGAAGUGCUGGAAAUAAAAUACUUGCUGGAUAUUUCUCAUGAAGAGAUUUCACAAGAAGAGGACAUUUUAGCUGAGGGGGACAAAACUGGAACAAAGAAUGACCAGCCUGGAACAAAGAAUACUUUGAGACAAAAAAAUGGAGGGACUGUAGAGUAUGAACUCAGCGUAAGGGCUGAAGACUUCGGUCCUGGCCAAAACCUAGAAGAACUCAGUCUGAAAGAGAAGACUUCUGCACCCGGGGAACUAGGUGAGCCACAGACUGCUUUGGGAAACUUAGUUAAUUUUAAUACAGGAACGGCAUAUUGCCCCCAACUGGAGGUGAGGGCAGCAGACCCUUCUUUGGGACAGGAAUUAGAGGAACUUAAACUGAAGAUGGCUGAUGCAGUGGAUGAAUUGCUAGGUAAGACCUGCAUCAACUUGGUGGACUCAGAUGAUGAAAAAUCUGGGCAGACAUCUUAUCAUUGGCUGGGAAAAAUAGCACAUGGUGUCACAGAGAAUGAGAGUGAACAGACCAUACUGGUAGACUGGGACCCACACACUGGCAGAUUGUAUAUUCCUACUUGGUUCAGUGUUGAAAAUGAGGUGUGUAAAGGAGUAUUUAAGUGUGAUGUUCCUAACAAAGAGGGAAUUUUGUCCAGACUGUAUGAGAAACAGGUAUCUGAAGAACCGUCUGAGGACCAAGGAAUGUAUCUGCUGCAAUUUCAGGAACAAUGGGGACUGCAUGUAGAAAUGGAAGACUGAACAAAGAUUUUCUAGAAUACUGUAAACCACAAAACCCUGUUUACUUUGCCAGAGAGAAUGGUGGACUCAGCAGAGGAAACAUAUCUUAACGUAUUGAAAGUUUUUAGAACCGUCACUGUUGAACAACUUAUUCAUGAUAUUUAUAACAACUUGCAGGCAUGAUGUUGGUGAUUUCAACUCCCAUUAUAUACCUCUCUGGUAAAAUAUAAUGGUUGUGAGAUUACCUUCUUUUUAAAAAAUAAAAAUCUCUGUAAAAAGGGUGCAUAUUGUAAUUGCUACUAAAGCAAAAUAUUUUGGUUUGAAAGCUGUUAUUUUUAGCAAUAAAAAGCAACAGUAUGAUAUUUUGCUGGGAUGUGCCACGUAUCUUGACACAACAUAGCCUUUUUUAUGUCUCAUUCCUGCUAGUUUUAAUGGGUGCAGUUGAUUUUUUGUGGAAGUAAAGGGCACCUCCAAUA